AUGGAUGCCUCUACCACUGUUACCAACAGCUCCAGCCUCCAGAUUUCCCAUUUCAUGCUGAUGGGGCUCCCGGGCAUUCAUGACUGGCAGCACUGGCUCUCCCUGCCCCUGGCUCUGCUCUACCUUUUAGCCCUCAGUGCCAAUCUUCUCAUCAUGAUCACCAUCCAGUGUGAGCCUACGCUGCAUGAGCCCAUGUACCAUUUUCUGGGCAUAUUGGCCAUCGUGGACAUGGGCUUGGCCACUACCAUCAUGCCUAAGAUCCUGGCUAUCUUCUGGUUUGAUGCCAAGGCCAUCAGCCUCCCUGAGUGCUUUGCUCAGAUCUAUGCCAUCCACUUCUUCUUCUGCAUGGAGUCUGGUAUCUUCCUCUGCCUGGCGGUAGACAGAUACAUAGCCAUAUGCCACCCCCUUCGAUACCCUUCCAUAGUCACGGAAAUGUUUCUGGUCAAAGCUACAGGAGUCAUGGUGCUCAGAAACAGCCUGUUGCCCAUCCCAGUGCCUGCACUAGCUGCCCGGUGCCACUACUGCUCCAAGAAUGAAAUCGACCACUGCCUGUGCUCCAACUUGGCCGUGAUCAGCCUGGCUUGCGAUGACAUCACCAUGAACAAAUUCUACCAACUGAUCUUGGCGUGGGUCCUGACAGGGAGUGAUAUGGCCCUGGUUUUUUCUUCCUACGCUCUAAUCCUUCGCUCUGUGCUGAGGCUGAAGUCACCAGAGGCGAUGUCAAAGGCUCUGAGCACCUGCAGCUCCCACCUCAUUCUCAUCCUCUUCUUCUACACGGGCAUCGUCGUGGUCUCUGUCACACACCUGGCAGAGAGGAAGGCGCCCCUCAUCCCCGUUCUCCUCAACGUGCUGCACAAUGUCAUGCCCCCUGCCCUCAACCCCGUGGUGUACGCGCUGCGGAUGCGUGAACUCAGGCUGGGCUUCCGGAGGCUGCUUGGGUUGGGGGACGAUGUGUCCACAAGUGACCCCAGUUUUAGAAGGCCGCUAAGGUGUUAG